CUCCUCUCCUCCCCUCCCCCCCUCCCUCUCUCUCCAGAUCUACCCCUUCAAACGUUCUGGCAAAUCGUUUUUCUUUUGUCAGAACGUUCCAAUCUUCGAUAUUGAUGAUCUGUUUAAUCCAUCGGAUAAAAGGGUUAUUUCCAGCUAAGGUUAUAAUUCCGAAACUGUACACUCUCAGGGGUAGAAUAUUUGUCAUAACAUAGAUUCAAGGCUGGUGGUGUCCGCAAUUUGGUUUUUGUCUCAAAAUCGUGUCGUGUACCCAUAAAAUUUUUGUUAUCUUGAAUACGUGCACGAUUAAUGGUGUCUGUAUUCAUCAAUGAGUAUAGAUUUCCGGGAUACGUGACUUACCUUUGGUAAUUGAGGAUAAAUUAGUGCAGAAACUAGGGUUUGAUCUUGGUAUUCAUAAACAUUUGAUGAAUAAUUUGAUUGCCGGGUCAUUUGGGUGAGAACAUGUAAGGUAUGGUAUCAGCUGCAUUAUUGAGGAUCGUGUCGCCCUGUUGGAAACCUUCUGUUGAGGGUGAAAAUUCCAGGGAUCGCAGUGAUGUAAGUGGUCGGGUUGAUGGCUUGUUGUGGUCCAAGGAUUCAGGACAGCAUGUGAAUGGAGAAUUUUCGAUGGCAAUAAUUCAAGCAAACAAUCUGUUGGAAGACCAUAGCCAACUUGAAUCAGGGUCAAUGAGUUUGCUUGAAUCAGGUCCUCAUGGAACAUUUGUUGGAAUUUAUGAUGGGCAUGGAGGACCUGAAGCUGCCCAAUUCAUAAAUGAUCACCUGUUUAACAAUAUCAAGACUAUUGGUGCUGCAGAGUUCACGUCAGAGAAUCAGGGAAUGUCAGCAGAUAUUAUCAACAAAGCAUUUUUGGCAACUGAAGAGGAAUUCCUCUCUCUAGUAAAGAAUCAGUGGCUAAGCAAGCCACAAAUUGCUUCUGUUGGUUCUUGUUGUUUGGUAGGCAUAAUAUGUAGCGGAUUGCUUUACAUUGCCAAUGCAGGAGAUUCUCGAGUGGUGUUAGGAAGACAGGAGAAGGCUGUUAAAGUGUUUAAAGCUGUUCAACUAUCAUGUGAGCACAAUGCAAGUAUGGAAUCUGUGAGGGAGGAAUUGCAUUCGCUGCAUCCCAAUGAUCCACAGAUUGUCGUUUUAAAGCACAAGGUGUGGCGUGUGAAGGGUAUUAUACAGGUUUCAAGAUCCAUAGGCGAUGCCUAUUUGAAGAAGGCAGAGUUCAAUAGAGAGCCUUUAUUGUCAAAGUUUAGACUGCCUAAACCCUUCCACGAGCCAAUUCUUAAAGCUGAGCCAACGAUAUUGGUGCAGAAACUCUACCCUGGAGAUCAAUUUCUUAUAUUUGCAUCGGAUGGCCUAUGGGAGAACCUAAGCAAUCAGGAGGCAGUUGACAUUGUUCAGAGCUGUCCACGGAGUGGCAUUGCACGAAAACUUGUCAAAGCUGCACUUUGUGAAGCAGCGAAAAAAAGAGAAAUGAGGUACUCAGACUUGAAAAAGAUUGACAGAGGGGUGAGAAGACAUUUUCAUGACGAUAUUACAGUUAUUGUUUUGUUUCUCGAUUCCCAUCUGAUCAGUCGUAGCUCCUGGCAUGGACCCUUACUUUCAAUCAGAGGAGGUGGUGGUAUCUUUCCCAACACCUAGUUUAAGAGGUUAUGAAUGUCUAUCUUGAAUCUUAUUUUCUUCAAUUUGUAUUGAGAAACAUUAUUUUUUCUUUCACCCUCAGGGAGAGAAGUUAAAGAAACAUCUUUUCUAUUUUCAA